AUGGGUGUUGGUAUCAUUUCAACAUAUGCCCAAAUUGCAAACAUUGCUGGAUUACAUGGGUUACUUGUGUACACACUUUGCGGGGCAAUCCCCAUUCUCGGAUUUGCCAUAUUUGGACCCAUCAUUAGAAAAAAAUGUCCCGAUGGUUUCAUUUUAACCGAGUGGGUAAGGCAUAGAUUUGGAAUGAUUACAGCAUUGUAUUUAUCAUUUUUCACUUGUUUGACAAUGUUUUUGUUUAUGAUUGGAGAAUUAUCAGCAAUUAGAAGUGCCAUUGAAGCUUUGACUGGGUUAAAUGCAUUGGGUGCUGUUAUUGUUGAAUGUGCAGUGACUACAAUCUAUACAUUUUUUGGUGGAUUUAGAGUCAGUUUUAUCACCGAUAAUUUUCAAGGUGCUUGCGUUUUGAUCUUGAUUAUUAUUUGUGCUUGUGGGAUGGGGUCAUACAUCGACAUUGAUACAUCAAAAGUUGGUCCCUCGGGACUAUUAAAAGCGAAUAAGUUGGGUUGGCAAUUGGUUUACAUUUUGUUUGUGGCCAUUGUGACUAAUGACUGUUUCAUGUCUGGAUUUUGGUUGAGAACAUUUGCUAGUAAGACCGAUAAAGACUUGUGGAUUGGUUGCUCAAUUGCUGCCUUUGUUGCUUUUGUAAUCACGUCGUUGGUUGGAACUACCGGUUUCCUUGCUGUUUGGUCAGAGGAUUUGCAAGUUGGUGAUGACGAAGGCUACAAUGCAUUCUUUGUCUUGUUGUCACAUAUGCCUCGUUGGUUGGUUGCAUUUGUAUUGAUUUUUUGCAUUGUUUUGUCGACGUGUACAUUUGAUUCGUUACAAUCAGCAUUUGUUUCAACAAUAUCGAAUGAUGUUUUCAGAAAUAAACUUCACACCAAUUGGGCCCGUCUUUUGGUAGUUAUAAUGAUUUUUCCAAUUGUGGUUUUAGCAGUAAAAGUUGCUGACAAUAUUUUGCAAAUAUAUUUGAUUGCUGAUUUGGCCAGUGCCGCUGUUAUCCCCGCCGUAUUUCUCGGUUUGAGUAACAGGUACUUUUGGUGGAUGAGAGGAUUUGACGUUAUGUGUGGAGGAUUGGGUGCUUUACUUGGGGUGUUUGUAUUUGGUACUGUUUACUACCACAGUGCAAAAGAAGGUGGGAAAUUACUAUUAAUCUGGAACGGUCUUUAUAAUCCAGAAGAUUGGGGUCCAUUUGGUGCGUUUGUGAUUGCUCCAGUUGGUGGUAUUGUUUUCUCAUGGAUUGCAGCUGCAGUUAGAAUCGGUGCUGUGUAUGUGUAUUCAAAGAUACUGGGUACACCAUUUACGGUAUUAGAAAGACCUGAAGAAGAGCCAAUUUACGUUGACAAUCAAACCACGUAUGGUAGUGAUACCAACAUUGAACAAACCAGUGUAGAUAAGAAAAGUGUGUAA